GCAGUCAUUGUUCGUGUCCGUUUUGGCAGACGUACAAGAAUCCUGUGUCUACUUUUUUUCGGUAGCUGUGCGGACUCGCCUGGUGCACCAUUGCGUACGAAAGGGGGGAAAUUGCAAUUUUCGUACAAUCCUCCCUGCAUACUGUGCCCCACCAACUAAAAGAGCGAUAAUAAUUGUGUGAAAAACGGGGUGGUACGCGAACAAGCCUGGCCUCGAGCGGCGAGUCGGACGACGGUGGACUCGCUCCGCCACCGCGCAAAAGGUCCCGUAGUUCUCUCUCGGCUACCGUAAGACCAGCGGACGAGCUCCACUCCAGCACAGAGAUGGAAAAUUUUCGCACCAUGCAGCAAGCAUCGAAUGGUGUAUCUGCACCUCCCGGGCCCCAACAAAAUGGUGCCUCAGCAGACACUGGUGGGCCUCAUACUAAUGGGAACAUAGUUCCGGGAACUGAUGGGGAUCUCAAUGGUUUGAAUAGUGAAGCAAAUGGAGCUUCUGAUACUCCCAAAGUUAUGGACGAAACGAAUCAAGAUAUUGUGCGACUCAUUGGACAGCAUUUGAAGACAGUAGGACUCGACCGUACGGCUGAUCUGCUCAUGCAAGAGUCAGGAUGUCGUUUAGACCAUCCAUCUGCGGCAAAAUUCAGGCAACAUGUAAUGGAUGGUGACUGGAACAAAGCAGACCACGAUCUCAACGAGCUGAAGUCAUUUCUGCACGGUUCCAGUCAAAGUCUCGUGGAAAUGAAGUUUUUGCUAUUGGAACAAAAAUACCUCGAGUUUUUGGAGGAAGGUUUAGUACUCGAAGCCCUACAAGUUCUACGCAACGAACUCACCCCACUGGGACAUAACACUGGCCGUGUACACCAAUUAUCAGCUUUCAUGAUGUGCAGUGGACGUGAUGAACUACAGACACGUGCAGGUUGGGAUGGCAAAGGCCCAGCCUCAAGAGCUGCUCUAAUGGACCGACUGCAAAGGUAUCUACCACCUUCUAUUAUGCUGCCACCACGUCGUUUACACUCUCUUCUAUGCCAAGCUGUGGAAAUGCAAAAUCAGCAGUGUACAUACCACAUUACUCACACACAGACCAGCUUAGAGAAUGUAUCCCUACUCGUAGACCACAACUGCAGCAAGGAACAAUUUCCAUGCCAUACGACUCAAGUACUUGAUGAGCAUUGCGAUGAAGUGUGGUACUGCAAAUUCUCUCCAGAUGGACUUAAAUUAGCCACUGGUUCCAAAGACACAACUGUCAUCAUUUGGGAUGUUUGUCCUGACACAUUAACUGUGACACAUAGAAAGACGCUUGAAGGUCACUCGUAUGGAGUGGCAUUAAUAGCUUGGAGCCCAGACAGCUGUCACUUAAUCGCUUGUGGGCCAGAAGAUUGUCCCGAACUUUGGCUCUGGAGCGUUGACUCACCCGACUGCGAACUAAGAGUAAAAUUUACACAAAGUCCCGAGGAUUCUCUUACUGCAUGUGCGUGGCAUCGUGAUGCUAACAAAUUUGUCACAGGGGGUAUGCGAGGGCAGUUCUAUCAAUGUGAUAUGGAAGGCAAUGUCAUUGAUUCCUGGGAAGGUGUUAGGGUCAAAUGUUUGUGGUGCAGAAAUGAUGGAAAAACUGUAUUAGCUGCUGAUUCUCAUCAUCGUAUAAGGGGUUACAAUUUUGACGAACUGUGCGACUUCACCGUGUUACAAGAAGAUCAUCCAGUAAUGUCGUUCAGUGUUAACAAGUCCGACCGCCUUGCUCUACUCAAUGUAGCUAACCAAGGCGUUCAUCUCUGGGAUCUACAAGAUCGCUGCCUUGUUAGAAGAUUUCAAGGAGUCACUCAAGGACACUUCACAAUUCACAGUUGUUUUGGUGGCGUAAACCAAGAUUUCAUUGCCUCUGGAAGUGAAGACCACAAAGUUUAUGUCUGGCAUAUAAAAAGAGAGUUACCUAUAGCCACAUUAACUGGUCAUAGCAGAACUGUUAAUUGUGUAUCUUGGAACCCUGUGUAUCAUCAAAUGAUGGCGUCUGUGUCUGACGAUUGCACAGUACGGAUAUGGGGGCCCAGACCUUCUACCCCAGAAAGGUCAGAUACUGCGAAGAAUGCCACCCCGGAAAGUAGUUCUUCAAAUGGCAGUGGCUGGCACGAGAUGGUAUCGUAGCGGCUCAAUGUAGACUGUGAUUCCCAUGACCCUAUGGUGUUCAAAAGACUGCCCUGUUGACCCUCUUUCUUCAAAACGAAUUACCCCAUAAUCUGCUCUACUAUACAUUGAUCUAUCACAGCGCUGGGGAUAACCAAGGGCCUCGAUUGUAAAGCACUUUGCGCUUGACUAAUUUGCAUAAGCAUGUCAAGAGGAUAAUCAUGUAAAGUUUGGCAUGAUAAGUGUAUUAAAAGUAAACGCACUUUGUAGUAUAGCCUUACUACGUUUGUAGUAUAUUUGGCAAGGAGCACUUGCAAGACUCGUCGAGUUGCUGAGUAUUCACGUCCUGUAAGGUAACACUUCCGUUUUACCAAACGUUUGACAACAAUUUGUUGUUUCUAUAUUAUUACUUUCUACACCUUCGGGAAUCGAAGUAUUUUGUGCUUGCCCGCCGUGUGUACCAUACCGGUUAGUGGGUACAAAUUUUAUAUCAAAAAUCGAUAAACUUUUCGGGGGUAUCACGUAUUUUCACAGAAUUACCUCCAACGUUCUUAACAUGCUCGAAAAGAUAGCGAUAUACGCACCACUUGUAUCGAUCAAUAACUCAUUCAUAUGACCGAUCAUGAUUCUUCUGAUAAUUCGCUAUCCCACAUUACACUUUUGAAAAAUCAUAUACGUUAUGUUCCAUGAGAAAUCACACACACUCCGUAAAAAUUAGGGGCAUUAGUCUUGUAAGGAAAAUACCAUUAUUAUCUAUUCGGAGUGUAUUAGUCACGACAAUCCCAUGAUAAUGCUGUGCCAAAUUAAUUUGAGUAGACGUUAAUUCAGUUAUUAAUGAUUUAUCAAACAUAGUAAUGAUUAUAAUAAUUUUCGGGCUAAAAAAAUCCAUCAUUUUUGUACAACUCUAAUAUUUUGUCAAAAUCCACUAUGUAACACCGUCAAAUGUACCCAAUACAUUGUACCGCAAACAACCAUCAAAAGAAUGUGCCCACAGGACUUUGAAAAUAUACAUUUUAUUUAUGUGA